CCCUCGCGCGCGCGGGCGCCCACGGUCCCAGGCACAGCACAGAGCUGCACACGGAGGCGGCGCGCGGCGGGCCGAACCCUAGAGUGCGGCGGACGGUGGCAAGCAGCCGCGAGUUGGUGAGGAGAUCAGCGGCGCGGCACCGCGGCAGCGGGCGCCACGGAGAGGAGUGCGGGGCAGUCGUCAAGCCUGCGGGUGGCGGUGGCCAAGCGGCGGCAGGCGGGCUCCGGGCUUCAGCGGCCAAGCGGCGCCUGGAAGAGGCCGAAGGCGGCAGGGGCUGUCGUGCGGCGCCAGAGAGAGGAGGAAGCAGCCGAGCAGGCCGAGCGUUGCGAGAAGAGCAGUGGCAACUAGCAGGCCGAGCUGGUGAGCAGAGCGAGGCAGAUUCCUUUUAUCAAUUAUGUGUCGUAUGCAGUGCUGAAAGAUUCAUAUCUCCCAUGCUCCUGUGGUGGCGGCCCAAAUGCACUACUGAAUGGUUGAGGCACAGGAGAGUUUUUCCCUGGGAAUUUUUUUCUUGCCCCUUCUCUAUGCUUGCCGCUUCAGUUCAAUCAGACUACUCGAGUGGUGAUGAAAAGCUGAAUUGUGUUCCUGAUAAUGAACUUGUUCCUGAUAAUGAACUUAUCCGGAAACGAGCCCGCUCUUUGAGCUCUGAUAGUGUUGUGGAGACACUCCGCUGCCUAAGGAGGAGGCCUGCUGUUGCAUUUGCCUACUUUAAAGAUACUGAGAGCAUUGGGUUUCACCAUGACUUUUCAACCUAUUCAGAGAUCAUAAAUAUUUUAUCCCAUUCACGGCAGGGGAAGAUGUUGGUAUCCUUGUUAUGUGAGAUUGUUUCGCCAACUGGUAGUGGUGAUCCUGAAAUCUUACCACUCAUUGAUCACCUAAGAAAAACAUGUGCCACUUCUCAUGCACUCUCAUUUGCAGGCAAUUGCUUAAUCAAGGCAUACACCACAUGCCACGAUGCACAAAUGACAAUAGAUAUGUUUAAUCUCCUUUGCAGGCUUGGAUUUGUUCCUUCAGUUUGGGCUUGCAACUUUCUGCUCAAAUUUGUAGCUCAGAGCGGUGAAUCGGAGAUGGUUGUCGCAGCUUAUGAUCAAAUGAAGUGCUUUCAGUUGACUCUUGAUGCUCAUUCAUUGAGCAUGGUCACUAGGUCGCUUUUCCAAGCAAAGAAGGUGGAUGAAGCAUUGCAAGUGUGGUUUGAGAUGAUUGAAACUGGAGUGAAACCAGAUGCACAUGGAUACUCAUCAUUUGUAAUAGGUCUUUGUGAUUGUGGAAAGUAUGAUCUAGCUUACACUUUUAUGCAAGAGAUCACCAGGGAGAGGGUUCCAAUUGAGGCCAUGGCUUAUAACAUGUUAAUCGAUGGACUAUGCAAAGAAAUGAAACUGGAGGAGGCUGAAAAAGUCUUGGAGAACAAGACCAAACAAGGACCUGCCACUGAUGUAUAUGGUUAUAGCUAUCUCAUUCAAAGUUAUUGCAAAAUGGGCAAUGUAGAAAAGGCUUUGGAUCAUUUGGAGGCCAUGGGAUCCCAUGGUAUCAAGAUAAACUGUCACAUUGUCGGUUAUCUUCUACAGAGCUUAAUGAAGUUAGGUAUGACUUCUGAAGUUAUAGUGUACUUCCAAAUAUUUAGAGAUUCAGGGCUCCAACUUGAUGGGGUGCUUUAUAACAUUGCUAUGGAUGCUUAUUGCAAGCUUGGGAACAUGAGUGAGGCAGUUAAGCUACUGAAUGAAAUGAGAGCUGGGGGUUUGCCACCUGACAAAAUCCACUAUACAUGCCUGAUCAAUGGCUACUGUCUGAAGGGAGAAAUACAACAGGCUCAACAGGUAUUCGAGCAGAUGCUGAAGGAAAAUAUAAAACCAGACAUAGUUACAUAUAACAUAUUGGCCAGUGGAUUUUGCCGGAGUGGUCUUGUUAUGGAGGUGUCUGUCCUUCUAGACCAUAUGGUGGAUCAAGGGUUGGAGGAUUCACUAACCUAUGCUGUAGCAAUUGAUGGUUUUUGUAGGAGAGGCAACCUGAGCGAAGCAGAGGUGUUAUUUAAUAGAGUAGAAGAAAAAGGGAUCGAUAAUAUUGAAGUGUUGUACAGUGCUAUGGUUUGUGGCUAUUUGCAUUCAGGCUGGACGGACCAUGCUUACGUGCUUUUUCUUAGGGUUGCUCAACAAGGAAAUUUUGUGGACCAUUUUUCGUGUUCAAAGUUGAUAAAUGACCUUUGUAGAGAUGGAAAUGUCAAAGGAGCUUCAACUGUAUUUAGCAUGAUGUUAGAAAAGAAUGUUGUUCCUGACGUAAUUUCGUAUAGCAAACUCAUAUCAGCUUAUUGUCAGACAGGAGAUAUGCAAAAUGCUCACUUAUGGUUCCGUGAUAUGAUUCAGCAAGGGCUUUCUGUUGAUGUCAUUGUAUACACUGUGCUGAUGAAUGGUUACUGCAGGGCUGGUCAGUUGCAAGAAGCAUGUGCAUUAUUUGUUCAAAUGACAGAUGUAGGGAUUAAGCCUGAUGUAGUUGCAUACACAGUGCUAUUGGAUGGUCAACUUAAGGAGACCCUGCAGAAAGGAUGGCAGGGCGUUGCUAAGGAGAGGAGCACCUUUCUUCUUAGAGCAAAACAUAAGGCAUUGUUGAGCUCUAUGAAAGACAAUGAAAUUGAACGUGAUGUACCCUGUUACACAGUAUUGAUCGAUGGGCACUGCAAAACAGAAUAUCUAGAGGAAGCUCGGUGCCUAUUUGAUGAGAUGUUGCAGAAAGGACUUACUCCUGAUGUUUACACAUACACAGCUCUUAUCAAUGGAUAUUGUAGCCAUGGAGAAAUAGCAAAGGCUGAAGAUCUUUUACAUGAAAUGAUAGAUAAUGGAAUGGAGCCAGAAGCACUGACCUUUUCAGUCUUAGAACAGAAAAUCUUAAGAUCUCGGAAGUCUCAAUUAUAUUUAUGAUUUCUCUAUGGUAAUAUAUUGUUGAAAAAUUAUCCCACUGAAGAGAAAGGUAAAUGCAUAUAACCUUUUCAAUCAUGAAUUUAUUGAAACUAAAAAAUUUGGCAUCCAAUAGGAUGAUGCCAUCCUCCUGCGGAGUGCCGUGUUCCGAGAAUCCUACCAGACGAGGUUCCUGGUGCUGGUGAUCACCAAUCUCAUGUCGACCAAGAAGGUGGACGUGUCCUGGGUCAAGCUUCUGCGGGCUCCGUAUCGUUUGCCAUGUCUAGAGUGUGGGAAGGUCGGCCCUCUUGGCACAUCACUGGAUCCUGGAGGAGAAGAAUGACACACAGGACAUGCUCAGUGUCAAAAUUGACAACCACCAGUGGAGCUGCGCCAAGAGGGCCGCCAGUGGAGCUGUGCACACCAUCUCAGUGAAGCCUGCCGCAGCACCAGCAACAACUCUGAGGUCUUACCGGACCAUUUUGUGCCUGUGGCUGGCGGUGUGUUCCCAGACAACCAACAGCAAAGAAGCAGAGCUAAGCUCUCUAGGCUCCUGAGCCAUGAGGAGCUCCCGCCGCUCCUAGUCCAUGCUGCCACAGAUCCAUUGGGCCGUUAUGAUAUGAUCCCCAAAUUUAUUCAAACUAUGCAUAUUGAAGGAAGCAAGCUGAUUGCUGUUGGGGCUGAAGGGCCAUUGGCUUCUUGAGUCUAUCUCAUCGCCUGAAGGCACCUCUCUUGCAGAAACAACUUUUAUGUGCACUUGUAGACCCUGCCCUUUUAAAUUCAUCAUCAGCUAGCUGGGCAGAUGUAGGAUCCUGUCUCGUGCUCAUUCAGAAAUAUGGAACCAAAGUUCAGAGCUGUGGGAUUGCUGUCUUUUGUUCAGAUGCAUCCUGUAUUGGUCCUAUUCAUGACUCAUCAGAGCUGUCUUUUGUCUAUCAGGAUCAUCCAAUGAGCUCAUUCAUAACUGGAUAUGGUUUAACAUGUCAUGAUACGGUGUUAGUUUUUCCAGCAAGUUUCAACCUGGAUUAGUGAUAUUGUGUGUUUGCAAUAGCGCUUUAAGUCAUCCCUAACCGAUUCCCUGCUGAAGACCUAUGUUUUGCUUGAAUGUACGCUGUAUAUCUUUUGUUGUAAUGUUGAUGUGCGUGUGAAGAAUAGCAAUGGUUUUGGUUU